AAGUUUGCGGUCGUUGGCGAAUGCGUAGGUAUAAAGCGCAGUGGCGAGAACACAUUACUUGCAGACGGAUACCGCUCCACGUUUUAGCGAAAAAGCAGUCCGAGCGUGCUCGUCCAACCGUUCGAACCUGCGCGCAAUUGUUAAUAACAAAAGUGCUUCUCAAACGCUUUUACUUCUUUCUACGGGCCGGCGGAUUGAGCACGCAUCACAACAAACGCGCCGGGCAAAACCGAAAACGUGCGCUGCAUUCGAAGUGAUUAGUUGUGAAUUAAAACAAAUCGGAAAUGUCGAAUUGGUUACACACGUUUUAUCCUGUCGUUAUUGUGAGUUUGUUCUAUGCAGUUUGUGGCCAGGACUUUGGUUACGAUGGCUCUGAAGGUCCAACACAUUGGGGUGAAAAAUAUAGACAAUGCAUUGGUAAACAUCAAAGUCCAAUAAAUAUCGAAGAUCACAACGUGGAGACAAUAUGGUUGUACCCAAUGCGAUUCGAGCACUUUGGUGAAAAACCCGAAUAUGCCGAAAUGAAAAAUAACGGACACACUGUUACUUUGACGAUGAAAAUGAAACAUCCGAAUAAGAUGCCGAUGAUUUCGGGCGGCCCGCUAAUCGGCAAAUACGAAUUUGCACAGUUACACUUUCAUUGGGGUUCUCACGAUUCGGAAGGCUCCGAGAAUACAAUUAACAAUAGCAGCUUUCCAAUGGAACUUCACAUGGUGUUUUAUCAGAAAGCCUAUGGAAGCUUUGAUAAUGCUGUAGAACAUCCAGACGGCUUGACUGUUCUUGCGUUUCUAUUUUCUAAUUCUGAUAAACCAAAUAAGCACUACGAACCGCUUGAGGAAGUACUGCCACAUUUGGAGUUCGUAAAUUUAACACGACCGCUUAAAACUAUGCCGACUUUGGACGCGCUCACGAUGAAGAAUCGAAGUGUUUAUUACACGUAUGGCGGUUCACUAACAACACCGCCAUGUUCCGAAGUAGUCACGUGGAUUGAAUUCAAAAAUACCGUCCCAAUGGCACACUCGCAGAUUGAAGCAUUCAGACAUUUAAAAGAUGAACAUGGUAAUUUAAUGUCUCACAAUUUCCGCCCAACGCAGCCCUUAUACGGUAGACUUAUUCGAAUGGUUUUCGAUGACCAGAAACAUUACUACCUGGUUCAGAAUGAAUACGAGAAAGCUAGUGCCGUAUCACAUUGUGCUAGUUUAGUCGUAUCACUCGUGGCCACCGUUAGCUCGUUGCUUCUUACCAACAAAUACAUUAUCUAAUUACACUUCCCUGUGAUAUAUUGCUUUCCACCCACCAAAGUAUUACUACAUUAAGAUAGGAAUGAUCCAUAUUUUUGUAUAAUACUGCAUUUUAUAUAAUUAUUUUUACUAUCGCAAUGCUGCAAUAAUUUAUUUACAGUUUGCUAUACUCUGUAUAUAGUUGAUGAAAAUAAAUGACGGAUGCAAAAGAGAAA